AGUCGCUCACAAAGAGUAGCGAGUUCGAGGGGAGCCUGUGAUCCAGAGAGGGGACCACGUCUCCACGUGCCACACCCAGAGCGGCUGGAAGGAGCUCAGGAUGGGGGUGGGAGCGCGAGGACUCUUGUUCAUGGUCCUGAUCCUGGCCGGGGUCUGUCUCCAGGGCACCCGGCUGCAGCAGGCCAGGCCUGGGGAGGCACGGAAGCCCUUCUUCGAAAGAUUUCGGAGGCUCGAAGAGCAGUUCCGCCGGUUCCAAGAAGUCACCCUGGUGCGCCUCCAGGAGAUUGCGGCCAAUUACAACGUGUCCUACAACGUCGAUGCCAGCUUCAGGCGCCUGGAGUCGAAACACGAGGCCCUGGAGUCCGCCGCCAACGUGACGCACGGAGCCCUGCACGAGGAGCUGCGGGACCUGAAGAGCGGGGCGAAGAAGCUGCAGAACAAAACCAGGAAGGCGGCCUUGCGGGUGCAGGCCCUGGAGGACGCCUGGCAGGAGCGAGAGCGGCAGGGCGCGGCAGAGCGGGAGGCACAGGAUGCCCUCCUGUCCAACCUGACCCGAGAACUCGCCAGGCGCCGGGAGGACACCCGAGCCCUGCAGGCCAGCCAGGGAAGCCAGCGGAAGGUGCUGGAAAGCUUGCAGGACGCCCUGAAGAACCAGGGAGCCAAGCUGGCCGAACUGGAGCAGCUGGUGAAGGCUCCCCCUGAGCACAACGAAGUCCUCUUGCCCAGCGCCCUGGCGGCCGCCCCCCUGCUGAACCGGAGCCCCGCGGAGAAGGAGCCGGAGGCGGCAGCCGGGCAGGGCCUGACCCUGAAGAAGCUGCGGGCCAAGCACCGGCAGAGGAAGAAGCUGCUGCAGCUGGAGCACCGCCGUCUGGAGGCCCGGGCUCAGAACGGAUCGCUGCCAGGCCAGGAGCCAUCCCCGCAGGAGGAGACGGAGGAGGAGGAGGCGCCCCCUCAGUCGGAGCCCCAAGGCCUCCGGCAGGAGAGGCCGGUCAUGGACAAGGCCUCCGAAGAAGAAGAGCGGGAGGUGCCCCAAGUGUCUCGUCCCCCAGGAACAAUCUGCAACGUGGGCACCAUGCUGGUUUUCCCCAACGCUUCCACGGAGAACUUUGCCGCCUUCAGGCCGAGCUUCCACACCGCCCUGCUGGAACUCAGCCUCUGCAGCUGGGUGAGGACCAGCGCCCGCUACCUGGGCACGAUCCUGUCCUACGCCACCGAGGACAACGACAACAAGCUGGUGCUGCACGGCCGGGACGCGGCACCCCGGAACGCCAUCCACUUUGUCAUCGGGGACCCGGCCUUCCGGGAGCUGCCGGUGGGGCGUUUCCUGGACGGCCGGUGGCACCACCUGUGCGUCAUCUGGUCCUCGAUCCAGGGCCGGUACUGGUUCUACGUGGACAGGAGGCUGGCUUCCAUGGGCUCCAGGUUCCAGAAGGGCUACGAGGUCCCCGCAGGAGGGUCCCUCGUCCUGGGCCAAGAGCAGGACACGCUCGGUGGGGGGUUUGAGCCCUCGGAGGCUUUCGUGGGGCACCUGGCGGGUUGGGCCAUGUGGGACCGGGUGCUGUCGCCGGGGGAGGUCUCGGGCAUCGCCACCGGGAACGGCCUCCCUCGGGGCCCGGUCCUCUCUCUGGCCAACGUCACAAAGCUCAGCGGGGCUGUGCAGAAGGUGACCUGCAGCUGCCUCGAACACUGCCCGUGAGGGAACACCAACAGGGUUGCCAACUCCAGCGUGGGAGUUUCUGGAGAUUUGGGGGGCAGGGCCCAGGGAAGGUGUAACUUGAGGAGGGAGGGGGUUCCGUGAGACUGGGAUGCUAGGGAGGACUUCCUCCAUACAGGGGGGGGGGACCCGGCAACCCUAGAGAGAAAGAGCCCCAGCAGG